AGGUAUUGCAAGCAGUUUCAUAUGACUCGGCAGCAAAAAGGCAACUACAAGCACCUCUCUGAAGAAGUGUUUUGGCUAUAGGUUAAAACAGAAUACAAAUGUCAACUUCCCCACCAACCUCUUGCGAUUGGAUGCUCCUGGUUGAACAGAAGAAUAUAAAUGUCCGAGUUACAACCAUGGAUGCAGAGCUGGAGUUUGCCAUCCUGCCCAGCACAACUGGCAAACAGCUUUUCGACCAGAUAGUGAAGACGAUCGGGCUGAGGGAGACGUGGUUCUUUGGGCUUCAGUAUAAGGACAGCAAAGGCUUCUCCACCUGGCUCAAGCUGAACAAGAGGGUGACUGCUCAAGAUGUGAAGCGGGACAACCCUUUGUUGAUCAAGUUCAGGGCCAAGUUUUACCCCGAGGACGUCGCCGAAGAGCUGAUCCAAGAGGCAACUCAGCGGCUCUUUUUUCUGCAGGUAAAGGAAAGCAUCCUAAAUGAUGAUAUAUACUGUCCACCUGAAACUGCGGUGCUUUUGGCCUCAUACGCUGUUCAGGUCAAGCUCGGAGACUACAGGGACGAUUAUCACGUACCGGGAUAUCUCGCAAAAGAGAAGCUGCUGCCACAGAGGGUUUUGGAGCAGCACAAGCUGAACAAGAGUCAGUGGGAGGAAAGAAUCCAGGUGUGGCAUAAAGAGCAUAAAGGGAUACUCAGAGAAGAUGCAAUGUUAGAGUACCUGAAGAUAGCACAGGAUCUGGAGAUGUAUGGGGUCAACUAUUUCAACAUCAAGAACAAGAAAGGCUCAGAGCUGUGGUUAGGGGUGGACGCACUGGGGCUAAACAUCUAUGACAAAAAGGACAAGCUGACUCCAAAGAUUGGCUUUCCCUGGAGUGAGAUCAGAAAUAUUUCCUUCAACGACAAGAAAUUUGUCAUCAAGCCCAUCGACAGGAAAGCUCCGGACUUUGUUUUCUAUGUACCUCGUCUUCGCAUCAACAAACGCAUCCUGGCAUUGUGCAUGGGGAAUCAUGACCUGUACAUGCGCAGACGUAAGCCCGACACCAUCGAGGUGCAGCAGAUGAAGGCCCAAGCUCGUGAGGAGAAGAACAAGCGACAAAUGGAGAGGGCUCUGCUUGAGAGUGAGAAAAAAAAGCGAGAAAAUGCUGAGAAGGAAACAGAGAAGAUUGCUCGGGAGACCAUGGAGCUGAUGGAGAGAUUGAGACAGAUUGAGGAACAGACAAAGCGAGCUCAAGAUGAGCUGGAGGAGCAAACUCGUAGGGCGCUUGAGUUAGAGAAGGAAAGAAAAAUUGCUCUGGAGGAGGCUGAGCGCCUGGACAAAGACCGCAGAGCUGCAGUACAGGCUAAAGCAGCCCUGCUGCACCACUCUGAGAACCAGAUCAAAAAUCAGGAAAACCUGGCCACUGAGCUGGCAGACCUUUCUUCUAAGAUCUCUCAGCUGGAAGAUGCCAAGAAGAAAAAGGACGAAGAGGCGAAAAGAUGGCAGAAAAGGGCAGUGAUGGUAGAAGCUGAUUUGGAGCGAACAAAAGAAGAGCUGAAGACUAAACUCAUGGGUGUCCACAUCCAGGAUUCGGUCCAUUCUAACAUCCUCGACCACGACGAGACGGAUGAGAGCAGCGCAGAAGCGAGCGCUGAGCUGACUUCUCCGGGGAUGGUCCGAGAUCGCAGCGAGGAGGAAAGAGUCACAGAGGCCCAGAAGAACCAGAGACUACAGAAAAACCUAAAGUUCCUGAGCACCGAACUGGCUCGAGCUGUAGACGAGAGCAAAAAGACCCCCAAUGACCUGAUCCACGCUGAGAAUGUGAGGGCGGGCCGUGACAAAUACAAGACCCUGCGUCAGAUUCGUCAGGGCAACACUAAACAACGCAUCGAUGAGUUUGAGUCCAUGUGAGCGGGAGUGCUGUUGGCCGGCUCAGCCUGCAGGAGGGAUUAAGUUCGGAUGAGCUGGACACACACAGAGAUUUUAGAAGUGUAGGGGAACAUUAUCACGUUAAUUGUAAAUUAAACUUAAGAAUGACAGUUUGAACCCGAAAACAAAUUAUAUUAUAGACAAUGUUGACGAUUUCUUUAGUAAGCAAGUCAGUGAGAAUGUAGCAGCUGUUCUUCUAGAUGCAUUUUUAAUUUUGCACACACCCACAUUCCCACUUCUCAUUUAUGAACAGGUUUGCUGUUGCCCUUAUCAGUCUGAUUACAUCCUACUGCACCAAUAUGUCCUAUUGAAAACCUUAUUAAUCUUGAUUAAUUGAAGCAGUGACAUUUAAGGCAAAUGUUUUUAUUCCAGCAAAAUGUGAAAUCAUCUUUUCUUUAUCUUGGAAAUAGAAGUAAAAAAUAAAAUAGAGAGAGACACAA